GCUCUUAUUUCAGUUUAUUGGCAAUUUGUUGAAAACAAAUGGACACCGAAAGGCGACACGUCGAUAUUUUUAUGUGACUAAGUUACUAAUACUAGCUAGGGGACUGCGAAUAAGAAGUAUUCUGCGAUUUCUGGUUAAAAGUUUGAUCUGCAGUUAAGACAAAUCAUUCGGCAUUAAUUCGAUUGUUUGGAUUCUCCGACAAACUUGCUAUACUUAUAUACUUAUACUCCUGUACACCCUUGACCAUCAUGGCUUCUGUUAGAACACACAUCAUGCAUUCAAACUUCUUUUAAUGUGACAGCCAAACAGAUUCAGUGAUAUUACCAGAGGUUUUCAACAAAUAAAGACUUUAAAUAGGGCAGGUUGCCUGACAAUCUGCAUAUUUGACAAUGGGUGCCACAGGAAGCAGCCUGAGUGAGCUUGGAGAGAAUGAAUGCCUUCAGAGAUUUGUUGGAAAAGAUUCUAUUGACGACACAGAUCCCUUCUGGGAGCAGCUCCUGUCCUUUUCCUUCAACAUCCCACACACGAGUGCCGAUGCAAGGCUCAUAGAAGAAUCGUCACAGAACCUCUGCAAGACACUGGCACAUAGUAACCUCCAUUCUGGUAAUCUUUGUGCAUUGGUCCGUGUGUUCAUCAAGAGGGCAAUGCAGCUUAAAGUCUCGGCACAAAAUGAAGACCAUGUCUUCACGUGGCAGACCUACAACGCCCUGUUCAUCAUUCGGCGCAGCCUCAAGUACUUCCUGGAGAUGCUAUCCGAGGGGCGUAUCCUCCAGCAGUUAUCAGUGUUAGUUAGAACUAGACCAUCCUCCACGGUGCUCAAUGUAGAAGAUGUGAUGGAGAACGGAGAGGCAGAUGGAGAUGAGACACUCCUGGAGAAGUUCAUCCAGACCCUCAUACAACUCCUGAUCGAAGUCCCUGUGCUGAAUUUCACCUAUGUAAUUCACCUAGAGACGAUCAACACCUUAUUGGUUCUCCUAUCAGUUCAGAUGUACAUACCAAGGAUAUCACACAAGAGCCUCAUUACAGAGUAUAUCAUGCAUGGAAAAUGUUCCAAUGAUGCCCAUAUUCUGGUGAAGAUUCUCCUAGAUCAGUUCAUCAAGAGAGAAGAAUGUCCAGCAGAGCUUCUGAGAGAUUCACCCAAACCAGCUAGCUUUCUUUACGGCAUCUCUGCAGCAAUAGCAGCCGGUAUCUGGGCGGUGCUCACUCUGGGUUACGGAGGACGAUCGAAGACAGAGGAUCAAGAAGACAGAGCACUCUUAGCCAAUCAGAGUCUCCUCCUCUUACAAGUCCUGACCAAUCACUACACGCAUGAGAAGGGAAUACACAAUCCGUACAGGAGGGCACUCUGCUCCUUUGCAAAUUCACAAGAUGGUGGAAUUCCGAUUGGACCAUCAGGUUGCCUCCCUCCAUUCAAGCUGAACUCUGCCAACCUGUAUGAAGCAUUCUGUAACCAUCUCAAAGAUGAUCAAAGUACCCUCCUUCUAUACCUCCUCCUGCAUCAGAACAUUAACUUCAGGAACUAUGUCUUGUCAAGAACAAACAUUGACACACUGGUAAUUCCCCUUCUGAAGAUACUGUACAAUGCCCAGGAGAGGAAUUCCCAUCAUAUCUACAUGACUCUUAUCAUCCUCCUCAUCCUCAGUGAAGACGACUCCUUCAAUAAGUGUGUUCAUGAAUUGAUGGUGAAGCAGGUAACCUGGUACACAGAUAGAACCAUAACAGAGAUCACAUUGGGUGGCCUAAUCGUUCUCGUAGUCAUCAGGACCAUACAAUACAACAUGACAAGAAUGAGGGAUAAAUACCUCCAUACAAACUGCUUAGCUGCUCUUGCCAAUAUGUCUUCACAGUUCCAUUCGCUGCAUCCCUAUGUAACGCAGAGGAUAGUAAGUUUGUUUGAGUUACUAAUCAAGAAGCAUGAUAAGAUUGUGGAGCAGCUUAGAGCGUCAUCAGCUGUUGAAGCCAAUGGAGAUCUCACGCAGGAUGCUGCUGUUGUACAUGAUGAUCUGUUAUCAGAUCUGAGCGUGUUAGAAGAAGUCAUUCGUAUGGUGCUAGAAAUCAUCAAUUCAUGUCUAAUCAACAUGCUCCCACACAAUCCUCAUCUAGUCUACACGUUACUCUACAAGCAAGAUCUGUUCACGAGCUUCAAAUCACAUCCAAAGUUCCAGGAUAUCAUACAAAAUAUUGACACGGUUCUGACAUACUUCUCAGUGAGGUUAGAAGAGAGUCAAGAGGAGCAUCAUACACCAUCGGUUCAUCAAGUAUUAGAUAUCAUCAAACAAGGCAUGCUGCAAUGGCCUCGAGAUAGAUUGAGGAAAUUUCCUGAGCUGAAGUUCCGGUAUGUAGAGGAGGAUCAGCCUGAAGAGUUCUUCAUCCCAUAUGUGUGGUCCCUAGUCUAUCACUCCUCAAACAUGUACUGGGAUCCAGACCGCGUAGAACUCUUCUCUAUCAAUGCUACAUGACAUAUCUCAGACUUGUCCUAGUCUAGGACUCCGAAAUUUGGGAUCCAGGCCAUGUAGAACUCUUCUCUAUCAAUGCUACAUGACAUAUCACAGACUUGUCCUAGUCUAGGACUCUGAAAUUUGGGAUCCAGACUGUGUAGAACUCUUCUCUAUCAAUGUUACAUGACUUAUCCCAGGCUGGUCUUUGUCUAUCACUCCUCAAACAUGUGCUGGGAUCCAGACCAUGUAGAGCUCCUCUCUAUCAAUGCUACAUGACAUAUCACAGGCAGCUUUUAGUCUGUCACUUCUCAAACAUGUAUUAGAAUCCUGUCUGUUUAGAACUCUUCUUUAUCAAUGCUACAUAUCAUAUCCCAGGCUGGUCCUAGUCUAUCACUCCUCAAACAUAUAUUGGGAUCCAGUCUGUGUAGAACUCUUCUGUGUCAAUGCUACAUAACAUAUCCCAGACUGGUCCUAGUUUAUCACUCAAACAUGUUUUGGGAUCCACCCCUUGUAGAACUUUUCUCUUUCAAUUCUAGAUGAAAAUAUCGCAGGCUCGUCCUAGAACUCUUGUGCUUGUACCCGUUCCAUCAAUCUCUGAGGUGUGUUUGGCCCCAGUCGGUUGGUUCUCAAAGAUCCAGACCUUGUAGAACUCUUGUCUAUCAAUGCUACAUGACAUAUCCCAGAUUAGGGCUGGUCUCAGAGUGCUUGAACUUGUUCCUGGUCCAUCACUUUUUUAGGCUCCAUUUAGUGUAGGUGUGCUUGAAGACAUCAAAAGGCUCAAAUGACGGAACUCUAGUUGCAUGGUGAUCUAGACUGUUCAGAUUCCUUCUUAAAGGAAUAGCAUCAUAGCCUAUAAAAAUCAUGUCCUAAUCAGUGAUGUUACAGCUAAGGCUGGGAAUUUUCUGCCCACCUAGAGGAUUUUGCCAGGAAAUUAAAAAAAGAUAGAAUAAAAUAUGAAAAAUGAAAGAAGAGGAGAGAAGGGAAGAAUGGGAGAGAAAAUGGAAAAAGAGAGAAGAGGAAAAGGAAAAGAAAAGGAAGAAAAAGAGGGGGAGGGAAAUAAAGAAAAUAGAGGGAAGAAAGGGAAAACAGGAGGAAGAGAGAAAGGGAAGAAAAGGACAGAUAAACAUGCAAGAAAUAUCAGAACAUGCAGGGUAUUUAUACUGGAUGUACAACUCUUGUUCAUAUUUCUGAAUGAUUAUGUAAUUUCCAGUGAGGCUUGUAUCUGCAUACAUGUGCAGCCUUUUUCCCUGCUCACUUUUUUUCAACACAUCCUGUAGUAAUAAUGAUGGGUAUUUAUAAAGCACCAUCUAUUCCAAGGCACUAUUAGUAUUACCCCGGCUUUAGCCCUAGCUGCUGUUUCAAGCACCCGGUGCAGUCAAGGAAAUCAUGCUGGGUAACCAUUGUUUUGAACGACAAUAUCUAAAAUGAAGCAAAAUUUUUCCCAUCUUCAAAAUAUGGUAUAAAUUACUUCCAAAUAAAAUGUCAUUGUUGGUGAUUCUCCCCCCCCCCCCUUUUUUUAUGUGGAUGGGUUUAUGAUAUAUUACCAUUUUGCAUGUGUACAUACAGGAUAUGUAUAUUUGGCAAUAUUUAGUUUCAGAGUUUAUGUUUAUAUCAAUAUUUUAUCCUCAUUUUUGCAAUAAUGUUAAGUUAUUUUAUUUUAGACUGAAAUGUGCACAGAGCCAAUUUUGUAAUUUGUUGUAGCCAUAAUGUGUUCAAAAUUUGAAUGCAGUUUACUUUAAUGCAUGUUGGUUAUGUGUAUCAGUCUUGUGCUUUUUCUACUACAUUCGUGCAAAUUUUGUAUGAAAAGAUCUUCCUAAUUCAAAUUACAAUUUAUAGAUAGCAAAUUUGAUACCUUUGCUGAAAAUAACCAUUCUAUUGAUAUGGUUAUUAUUCAUGCCAUGUAAUAUAUGAUCUGUGAUGAUUCUUCUGCAGAAUUUAAAGUAAUAUUUCUGGAGAUACAUAUUGUGUUUUAUUUAAACAUUCAUUCUCAUAUGUGUGAUAACUAGUACCACUUUCUCAUGUCACAUCCGAAACGUCAUUUCCAAUUUUUAAAUCUCUGGGAUUACUAAAGAAAGAUGAAUUCCAUCUUGAGUAGUUAAUUAAAGCAAUCUAAAGCUUGUCAAAAAGGAAUUGAGAUUGUUCAACUCCUGAUGAUAUGGCUGGAUACAGAUUUUGUAUAACAAAUUUUGGUGAAAGUUGGGAGUAUUAUUUUUUUAAUGGCAUAUUGUCAUAGAUUGACAGGUCAUGGUCUUUGUAACUCAGACAUCAAUUUAUCUGAGAUUUUUGUGCACUGCAUUUAUUACUCAUUGCAGAAAUCCAUAUUCUUAAUUAUGUGGUGCAUGGAAAUCACGAAACAUACAAAUUAACACCCAUCUGGCAGCGUACUUAAUUAUAAACAUUUUCAACGUCUGGUACACAAAAAGUAUGUUUAAAUGAAGAUGCGAUAAAGGAUCUACUUAGAAUUUGCAGAGAAAUGUGACAUGUAAUUAUGUAUGAUUAUCAUUCAGCUUUCAAAGAGAGAAAAAAGAGUUAAUCUGGAAUAUGUGAAAAAUAGAUGGUUAAACUCUUUCUUAUAUUUUUUCAUAUGAUCAAAUCUAAAAUUAACAAGUGGAUAGAUUUCCCCAAUUUCCGUGUGGGUUCUGUUAUUUCCAAUAUAUUAAAAACGAACAGGAAAAUUUUACUAGGCUACACUGAUCACAUGAUAAUAAUUUUCAACAGUUGACAAAGCAAUGAUUAAUUAUGUAAACUCACAUCCCGUAUUCUUAAGUCUGGUUUAACUUGGGCCAUGGUGUAACUCUGUUCUAAACUUAUGGGAUGCCAAAUAUGUCAACAUUUUUACUAGCAUUCAUGUUUCUUGUGUUUAUCAUACUUUUUUUUAUCUUAGUUAAAUGUUUAAAAAUACUAUUUCAUUUAUAAUUCUGAGAUGGUUAAAAUUAGGUUGAGUUGUCAAAUGAGCCGGCUGAAUAGAACCUGUAUUGUUAAAGAUUUGUGCUACAGUUAGCUAUCCAUAGUUAAACACAACUUUAGACCAGAGGUUGAAUUAAAGCCAAGUUCAGAAUACAGGUCACAGAGUUCUGUGUUUAACAUCAGUUUAUUCAGAUUUAUAUUAUUAUUCUCAUUAGAAGUUUGGUGAUACAAGCUUACAGCAUAUAUGAUUAUGUGUGAAAUGAUGUUGGUCAUAAAUAUAUAUAUUUUGACACAUUUAUUGUUUUUGUGUCCCUGAACACCUGCCCCCCCCCCUCCUCCUUUAUGAAACGGGCCCCAGGGCCCUCUCUCACACAAAAAGUUGUGAUGUAUAUGGAAAGCCAUGACAGUCAAUUUUUUUUUCUUCAUCAACGAAGCUAACACAUUAUCACUUGUAAAUUAAAGGAGCAUGGUGAUUGGUAAAAACAAUAAUGGAAUGAAUCAAUUGAAACUCUUGUAAGAUGUGGAUCAUAGGCACUAGCGUACCUACGGGGGGGGGGCAGACUGCCCCCCCCCCUGACGAGUCUUGAAGACUUUUUUUUUUUUUUGCUUGUCAAUUUUUUUUCUGGUACGAAAUCCUUUAUUUGUGGUUGAAGACCUUUUUUUCUUGUCAAAUUUUUUGGCGGACGAUAUCCUUUAUUUGUGGUUGAAGACCUUUUUAUUCUUUGUUUUUUGCUUGUCAAAUUUUAUGGCGGACGAAUUUGCCCCCCCUGUGGAAAAUCCUAGGUACGCCACUGAUCGUAGGGAGUGUUUUGUGAAAGGACUAGUUGGAUGUUUUAUUUGACAGAGUUGCUUAACAUAGUAACAGUCGGCCAACUGUGCUUCUCAGCCAAUCAAAAUCAAGGGACAUUAUCACAUGACAAGUAUUGUUGAAACACUCUUCUGAUGUGUUGUAUUCAUUUACCCAACAGUUGCAGAUAAAUAUUUAAUUAUCAUAAAACAGAUGUGAAAGUUUUAGAAGAUGAUUUAUUUGGGCAAAGUUUCUUUGAUGCUUUUGUGUAAAUAAACAAGUUGUGUAUAAAAUUCUAUCAAAAAUGUGUUCAUAAUGCUAUGAAAUAGAAUUAAAAUGAUAUUUUAU